AAAAGCACAUACAAACACAUUGGCAUGUGAAUCUCACAUCACAUGCAUAAAAGAGUCCCAUGGAGAUGGAGUCAUCAAUACUACUAUAGACAAAGUUUUCAUUUUUUUUUCCUUUUUUCAAACUCAAACAAGAGUUUUUUUCACUUUUCCUUUCCCAUUCUCUUUUUUCCCCUUCCUUUCAUUCUUUAGGAGGGAAUAAUAGACAUGGUGAAGGAGGAGGAGAAGAACAACCACCUUCACAAUUCUACCAAAGUUUCAAAGAUUUCAAAUCCCAUUUUCUCACAAUGUAGUCUUCUUCUAUUUCUUUUUCAAAUCUUCAUUUUGGCCAAAGUGGAAGCUUUCAACUAUGGCGAUGCCCUCACAAAAAGCCUCCUCUACUUCGAGUCACAAAGGUCCGGUCGCUUACCCUACAACCAAAGGGUCACUUGGCGAGACCAUUCGGGCCUCACCGACGGUCUAGAACAAGGAGUAGAUUUGGUAGGAGGAUAUUAUGAUGCCGGAGACCACGUAAAGUUCGGUCUUCCGAUGGCUUUUACGGUCACGAUGCUCUCUUGGAGUGUCCUCGAAUUCCGGCAAGAGAUCGCCGCCGGUGGCGAGCUCCGGCACGCCAUGGAAGCCAUCAAGUGGGGUACUGAUUACUUCAUCAAAGCUCACACUAGCCCAAACGUGUUGUGGGCAGAGGUAGGGGACGGGGACACUGAUCACUACUGUUGGCAACGCCCGGAGGACAUGACGACAUCUCGGCAAGCUUACAAGAUCGACGAGAAUAAUCCCGGGUCGGAUCUCGCCGGAGAAACGGCGGCAGCCAUGGCUGCAGCUUCCAUAGUUUUCAAGUCCACAAACCCACAUUACUCUCACCUACUUCUACAACAUGCCCAACAGUUGUUUGAAUUUGGAGACAAGUACAGGGGAAAAUAUGAUGGGAGUGUGGGAGUAGUGAAGAGCUACUAUGCGUCGGUGAGUGGAUAUAUGGAUGAGUUGCUAUGGGCAGCUCUGUGGCUAUACAAGGCCACCGACAAUCGAGUGUACUUGAAUUAUGUUAUUGACAAGGCUAAUUGCUUUGGUGGUACCGGUUGGGCCAUAUCUGAGUUCAGCUGGGAUGUUAAAUAUGCUGGCCUUCAAUUACUCGCCACUAAGAUAUUAAUGGAAGAAAAACACAUAGAUCAUCACGGUCGAACAAUUCUAGAGCAGUAUCGAUCAAAAGCCGAGUACUACAUUUGCUCAAGCCUAAACAAGAACAAUGCGACCAACAACGUGGAACGAACCCCAGGUGGCUUACUCUAUAUCCGCCAAUGGAACAACAUGCAGUACGUCUCAACGGCGUCGUUUCUCCUCACAAUCUACUCCGACCUUCUCAAGAGCUCAGGCCUAAAGCUCAGCUGCCACGCUGGAAUGGUGGACCACGAUGAAAUCUUCAGCUUUGCUAAAUCACAAGUGGACUACAUUUUGGGCUCAAACCCAAUGAAUAUGAGCUACCUGGUGGGCUUUGGCCCAAACUUUCCCCAAAGGGUUCACCAUAGAGGGGCUUCGAUCGUGUCGUUUAGGGAGAGCAAAGGGUUCAUCGGGUGCACCCAAGGGUAUGACUAUUGGUACGGACGAGACGAGCCCAACCCGAAUGUGCUGGUCGGGGCCUUAGUCGGGGGACCCGAUUGUCAGGACAAUUUUGGGGACCAAAGGCAAAAUUAUAUGCAAACUGAGGCAUGUACUUACAACACGGCACCGUUAGUAGGAGUUUUUGCUAAGUUAUCACAAUUAGAGGACCAAAAUUUGGGCAGUCAUCAAAGUUUGGAUUUGAUUGCUUCUUAUUAAGAAUAGUUUUGCCCUUGGAUUUUAUAUCUUAUAGUCAUUUUUUUGGGGGUUCUUUUUGUAAUUGUGGGUGAACUAAGGUUCUCCUCUUUGUAUCUUUAUUUGUUUUUCGUAAAGUGUUUAUAAUACUAUACUAAAAAAAAGAAGCAAAAUUUGUCAUGAAGUAUACUUAUCCGUACGUCUAAUCAUACCAGGCUGCAAAUGUAAUGGAGAAUAAUUUUUUUA